GUUGCCUGAAAAUUUAAAAAAAUACAGCUUAUAUAAGAGUUAUCCUAAAUAACAAAACUUGCUAACUUGAUGUAUUGAAGCAGUUGGUUAAAGAGAUUAUGUGACUGCAUUAAAGACAAGAUUGGCGAUUGGAUUAGAGAGAGCAGAAAGCUAAUUAUGUAUCUACUUGACUUUUAUGCAAGAAAUUACCCUUUUUCUGUUUCCUAUUUGCUAAUAUCACAAUCCAAAUCAAUGUAGGUCUUUUAACAGCCAUGAUAUCACUCUCUCUCUCAUAGAUGAUGACAGCCCAUUGAAGUUACAAUUUAUGGUAACUAAGAUGCCCGUCAAACUAAUUCGUACCGAUGUUGAUACACUAAAAAAGAUUGCGUUAAGUCCUGGAAGUCAUAUUAUUGGAAGAGGAGAACAUUUAGAAGUGUUUGAUAAGCGGGUGUCUAGAAAGCAUGCAAAGAUUGAAGUGAAAAAUGAUUCUAUUGUUGUUAACGCUCUCCACCACAAUCCUGUAUUCUAUACUAAAAGAGGUUCCAGUAAAUCAGAAGCAUUGACUUUAAAUUCAGUGGUAGUGUUGUCUAAUGGAGACAAAAUUGGGUUGUUACCCAGGACGUACUGGUUUGAAAUAAUUGUUGUUGAUGAAAACAAUUCUUCAGAGCAAACAAAUAAUAUUGAAGUAAAUGAAAAUGAAGACUUAACAACAACAUCUGAAGAGACAUUGAGUAUUAGAGCAUCUCAUGAUGACAACAUUCAGCAACCUGAAACAUUUCAAGAACCAAAUACUGAGCAAUUAGACAACACCCAAGAACCUAAGUUGACUGAUUCACCCACAAAACGAAGACGAAGUGCCUCUGAGGAUACUUUAAAUUUUGAUUCAGUAAGUGAAAACAGCGAGUCUGAUUCUGCAAAGAAGAUCAAAUUGGAGCCACCUGACAGUAAUUAUGGAAAUUCUCAGCAGGGGAUAAGUGACGCGAACACGGCUUCCAGUUCAAGUGUUCAUCAAGGCAAUCCCUCAAGCGGCGUUAGAGAAAGGUGUUACUAUGGGGCAAGAUGUUACAGACGCAACCCAGUUCACUUGGUACAAUACAGUCAUCCAAGAGAUUCUGAUUGGGGAACAAGUGAUAGGGGUGUAUGUCCUAAUGGGGCUUACUGCACAAAGAAUGAUCCUAGGCAUUGGGAUACCCAUACCCAUCCACCAGGGACCACACGGCUGCCACAGCUACAAGGUAAACCUAAGACCAAAAAGAAAAAAAAACAGAUAGAAGAUACAACCGAUGAAUCUGAUCAAGAUUUGAAUGGAUUAAAUAUGAGAGCUUGUCGGAGAAACAGAGGAGGUAGUGUAUCUGAUUUUGAUCUUGAUUGUACAGGGUCAGAGUCAGACCCCUAUGGGUCAGAUGAAUCAGAUGAAUGGCAUCCACUUGAUGGUAAAUUAAUGUGAUAUUAAUGUUUUAUCUUAUUUUAAUAUCAAUUAAAAACUAGAUUCUUAGGCCCUGUCAUCAUUUUUACUGUCACAACUUAUGUGAUAAAUGUAUCAUUUCUAGAUCUGUCUUUAAGAUUGUAAUUAGAAUAAUAUCAACAAAAUGCUAUAACUAAAUUAUGAUAUGUACUUAUUAUUGGUAUGUUCUGUUAAGAUUUAAGUUUAUACUAAGUUCUUUAAAACAAUAAAUU